AUGACUGGAAGUAACAUUUGGAAGCCAGAGAAUAAUAUUCCUGCCGGAAUUCUAGCAGUUCUUUCGAAGCCUCAUCCCAAUUACCAGUUGGCAUUUCUAAAUAUCGUACAACUUUUGAAAACACAGAGAAGAACCGGUUGGGUUGACCACGAUAUUGAUCCAUGUGAGAGUAUAUCCGACCAUAUGUACAGAAUGGGGUUAACUUCCAUGUUGAUCACAGACAAAAAUAUAGAUCGUAACAAAUGUAUAAGGAUUGCCCUUGUUCACGAUUUUGCAGAGUCAUUGGUUGGUGAUAUUACGCCUAACGAUCCAAUGACAAAGGAGGAGAAACAUCGCAGAGAAUUCGAAACUAUUAAGUAUCUUUGUGAGACGGUUAUCGAUCCUUGCAAUAAAAAUGCAUCUAAGGAAAUCCUAGAUGAUUGGUUAGCAUACGAAAAGCAGACUUGUUUAGAAGGAAGGUACGUCAAAGAUAUUGAUAAAUAUGAGAUGUUGGUCCAAUGUUUUGAAUAUGAACAGAAGUAUAAUGGCAAAAAAGAUUUAGAACAAUUUUGGAGUGCCAUCAAUGAUAUAAAAACUGAUGAAGUUAAAGAGUGGACUCAACGCUUACUAGAAGAUCGAAAAGCAUUUUUCGAUAAUUUGAAAGAGUAA